AGAGAUGAAUCAAUUUAUUCACAUCGAAAUUUUAUUCUCAUUGCAAGGGCAAAAUCUAUGGCGAGACUUAUCUUUCAUUUUGUAUUCGCUCUUAUUGUUGCAUAUUAUUUAUUGUCGGUAUCUGAUGCGAUAGUAAGAGAAUGGAAAGAACCAUGCUUUUGUCCUUCCACAAAUCCUUACUGCAACUGUGGCGAUGAUCUUCAAGUUCCUACUCCUUCAGUGAUUGGUCCUAACCCUAAAAUCGAAAAGUGUGCGCGUUGCAAUGGAAACUCUCAAUGUAACAAAGUUUGUCCGGCAACGUGCAAAUACAAAGUCUGUAUAUACAAUCCAACAUGUGAUUUGCAUACAUGUUAUUGCUAUAUAUGUUGAUUGAUGCAACUUCGGUGAACGUAUAGGUAGUUAAAAGAAGAAAUGUCGAGCUUACAUGGUUUUUACAAAUAUAUGGAAAUGAAUAUUUCUCAUUAUA